AUGUCGGACCAUAGCCCUGAUAGCUCGGAAGGAAAGACGCCUCACAUCCGACUCAACUCGGGGCGGCAGGAUCCUUUCCUUCAGACAAAUGGAGGCUACGCUCCUCUUACAUCGCGGACAUUUCCUCGGCCCUUGACACCACAGGGCCCGGAAACGCCUACGGCAGUGGGCGCUCGAGGGAUGGCAGUGUCACCAUACGGCGCAUCAAAUGUCCCCGAGUCCUCGGAAUUCUUGCUGCCUCCGAAGUUGAGGCCUACACAGGGACAGGGUGUGAGCGAGACUGAUCGGCCCCGGUCUCCGGACCGGUGGUCUGCGGCUCGCUCCAGUAUCAGCUCCAUCAGUCGUGAGAGCACUUUCCCCUUGGAUCCCUUCCAUGACUCGAGGGCACCUUCGCACGCUGGCAGUGAGGAGUAUGAUGUCAACACGCAGACUGUGUCAGGGAAGUUCAAUAUCAUGCCCACUGAUGGGUUGUUGUUAUUCCCCGAGGAUGUGGAGAAGGAUGACUACUUGCAUAACCCGGACCCGGCAGACAAGGAUCGAGAUUGUGAUAUCUGGAAUCGACGUGGUAUUAUGAAUCUCGGUGGUCUGGCAGUUUUCACAGUUGGUCUUCUGGUGCUAUUCAUUGGUUACCCACUCAUCACUUGGUUGGCGGGUUUUGGGAAACAUCACGAUGGUCUAUGCCACCCAGAAGACACGCUUUGUUUGGAUGUUGGGGAGCGACCAUUGUUGGAAAACCUCCGCAUGGGUUUGAUUGACCCAGAUACACCAAAGGAGGCACACACAAAGAAAAAUGUCAAUGGAAAGGAGAUGAAGCUAGUUUUCUCCGACGAAUUUAACAUGCCUGGUCGGACGUUCUUCGAGGACGAUGACCCGUUCUUCCAAGCAGUCGAUCUAUGGUACGGAGUAACACAGGACAAAGAGUGGUAUGACCCUGAUGCAGUAACCACGGCAGAAGGCACCCUUCAGCUUCGAUUUGAUCACUUCGAAAACCACGGCCUCGAAUACCGAUCUGGAAUGGUACAGAGCUGGAACAAGCUCUGCUUCAAGGGGGGCCGUCUCGAAGCUAGUAUGUCUCUCCCGGGUGACGGACACAUCCAAGGUUUUUGGCCUGGUUUCUGGGCAAUGGGUAACCUGGCUCGUCCUGGCUAUGCUGCUACCACUGAUGGCAUGUGGCCAUACAGCUACCAUGAUGGCUGCGAUGCAGGAAUCACCCCUAACCAGAGUUCUCCUGAUGGUAUCAAUUGGCUGCCUGGUAUGCGGUUACCCGGAUGUGCCUGUCCUGGCUCUGACCACCCGACUCCUGGUACUGCACGCAGUGCCCCUGAGAUCGAUGUGAUUGAAGGUAGCACUGCUCCACUCUAUGGCGACAGCGGUCCCUUCGUCGGUAGUGCGUCGCAGAGUUUGCAGACUGCACCAUUCGACCUGUGGUACCUGCCCGACUAUGACUUCGCCGCCGUUUACGACCCACGCGUCACACAAAUUAACGCCUACCGAGGCGGCAUCUACCAACAAGCCAUGUCAGGCCUCACCAACCUAAACCACCGCUGGUACAACGGCACCGAAUAUCAAACCUACUCCUUUGAGUACACACCGGGUGCAGAAGGCGAGGUGACCUGGUUCAUCGGUGCCGAAAAGACCUGGACAUUAGACGGCCGCGCCAUCGGACCUAACGGCAAUGUCGGGCAACGCAUGAUCCCACUCGAGCCCAUGGCACUGAUUAUGAAUAUGGGUAUGGCCGAUAACUUCGCGCCGCAGAACAAGAGCAUCAUUGAUUAUAUGCCUGCUAUCCUGCGCUUCGACUACGUCCGCAUCUACCAGGACCCCGAUGAUGAAAGCGUUACUUGUGACCCACCGGGUUAUGAGACGACUAAGUAUAUUGAGAAACAUCGCAAGGCGUACGAUAAUGCGAACUUUACGACUUGGUAUGUCUCUAUCCCUGAUUUUGUCUUCUUCUUUGGGCUUUACUAA